AAACGAAUUGAUUUGGUCAGAGAUUUCGAAUUUUUUUUUAAAUAUAAAAUUUUUGUCGAAGUAAGAUUUUUUAAUUGUAACCGGUGCUUAAAAUUGAAAUUAUUGAAAAUAUGGCAAAUAUUAAAGCUGAUUGUUUUGUUAUUUUGCCACCUUAUACUGAAAAUAAUGCAAUUGUAUUUGGUCGGAAUUCAUUGGAACCAAAGGGAGAGGUUCAAAAAAUUUCAUUCCAUGAUGAUGGUGACAUCCCGAUAAUAAGUCAGCAUUUUGAUUCUGGAAGUGAAAGUGGUGCUAAUGCAAAAAAUGUUUCUGUUGGACUUGUUUGGACUACAAAUGAGUCUGACGAUUUAAAGUCUACCGAUAUAGUAAAGAACGUUCUUCAGAAUUCUUCGACAGCAGAAGAAGCAGUUCAAAAUAUUGGUAAUUUAAUAGAAACAAAAGGAAAUUCUGAAUCUAAGUAUAGUUUCGUUGUUUGCGAUACAUCAAGCGCAUGGCUUAUUAGUACCGGUGGUCAGUUAUGGGCCGCUGAGAUAAUCGAAGGAUUUCGCAGAAUUCCAUCAAAUGGAUUGGCAGUAACAACAAAAAUAGAUAAAUCAAGUGAAAAUUUAGGAGAUAAAUUAAAAGACUUGGGUUUAUGGGAUGGAAAUGAUGAUUUAGAUUUCGCUAAAUCAUUUUCUUCAAUUCCUAAUGAAGAAAAUUGGCCUGAAGGUUUAAAUCCAACUGAUGAUGGAACUUUCAAUCUUCGUAAUAUGUUAGAUAUUUUACGUUCAGCCGCUAAUGAUGAUGCUGGAUCUAGUAGUGUUUCCAUUUUAACACCAUCUGGUAUCUCUUGCCAUUGGUAUACUGCUACGCCAAAUCCAUCGGAAUCGGUUUAUAAACCAUUCAUUUUUUCGCCUGCACCGAAAAUUUCUCCUUUAACCAUAAAAGUAGAUAACGGAGACUCCAUGACUAUGCUUCAAAAAUUACAUUCUCAACGGAACUGGGAAAAAAUUGGCGAUCUUUUAAAAUCUUUAGAAUCAACUUGUAUUGAUGAAGUUAAUCAAUUUUUAAGCGAAAAUCCAGAACCAAAUCAAGAAUUAGAUGAAUUAAUGAAGGAUUGUGUUGAAGCUGAAGUAAAAUUCUAUCGCUAAACGAAUAAUUUAAUGUGAUUUUUUAUGCUGCUAAAUCUCAAGAUUAAUGUAAUAGAAAGAUAAA